AUGGCAGAGCAUCGCGAAGCCAUCAAGAACUCGGGCCCUCGCGAGCCCUUCACUCCUUCCACCGACCCGACUCCGCGGCGCGACCAAGCCUCUACCCCUCUCACGCCACCAUCCAGCCUGCUUUCUGUUCAAGACUUCAAUGCGCAUAGAGACAGCAUGCGAAAGAGCAGCACGUCGGGCCUUGGCCGUAUCAAGGAUAUCCUGAGCGAAGUACUAAACCAGAAGAAAGAGGUGGAAGCAGCACUGAAACAGGCGACCGAAAAUCUGAUUGCCUGUGAGCUCGAGAAAUCCAAGCUGGAAGUGUCGCUUGCGGCAGAGAAGGCGAAAUUAGGCGGCGGUCAGGAAGAUGGCGAUAGCGCUGGUGCUCUCAGGGCGAUGAAGGAGCAGUUGGACGAGGAUUUGAAGAAUCUCGACUCGAAGGUCGAGGAGAUGAAGCAAGAGCAUGGAGCAGAGAUCCAGAAGAUGGAGGAGAAGAUCUCCGAAAGUGCAGAAGUGUCUGAGGCACUUCAGAACCGGGUCGACGAGCUCAAGGGUUCUCUCGCUCAGAAGGGCGCCGAGGCCGAGAGCCUAAGCCGCGAGCUCGCACAGCAUCAGCGCCGUGUUGAAGAGCUCACCCAAAAGCUUACCACGUGCGAGGAGGAGCUCGCUGAGAAGAAUGAUACACUCGUCUUCUCGGAGGCAAGCGCAGAGCAUACCGAGAAGCAGCUCGAAGCGGUCAAGAAGCAGCACGAAGCGGCCGAAAAGCGACACGAAGCGGCCGAGAAGCAGCAAGAAGCGAGCGAGAAGCAGCAUGAAGCGAGCGAGAAGCAGCACGAAGCCGUUAUCGCCGGGUUACAAACCAAAAUUUCCCAGGGCGAAGAGGCGCACGGGGCGCUUCAGAGGGAGCUUGAAACGUAUAAACAACGCAUGGUGGAGGUUACCCAACAACUGACCGCGAGCGACGAGACCAACGCCAGCUACGGUGAGAUGAUGCAGUAUCUGCAAGCGACAGUAGCAGACAUGCAGAAUCAGGUCCGGGCCAGUAGAGAGCUGGCACAUCACGAAGCUCUUGAGGCCACCACCGAGGCUCCUGCGGCGACCGCACAAGCCAAUAUCGAGAAAGACAGUAUAAUCCGCGGCAUGCAGGCGGAAAUAGACGACCUCAAGAACCAGCUUAACCGUAAUACCAACACGAUAUCGCAAGUUGAAAAGGAGCUCGAGGCUGCAACCGCUGCUGGGCAACGCAAGGAUACGGAGAACGCAAAAUUGGAGGAAGAGCUUCAGAAGGCGACGGCUGAGAUCGCGCGAUUGGACAAGGACUUACAAGCUGUGGGCGGGGGCAAGUCGAUUCGCACCAUCAUCGGGAACCACACCAUCGCCUACAACGAAAAGUGCCGCGAGUACGAUACGCUUGAGCAGCAGCUGAAUGAUGUUCGAAGCCAGCUUAGAGUAGCGACCCAAGAGCGAGACCAGUUCAAAGCCGAAGCCGAUAACAAGGAGAAGUCUAACCAGAAGGUGUACAACAUGUUCCUGAACGAGCAGGACCGUUCCACCAAACUGGAGAAGAAGGUGAAGAAAUUGGAGAGAGAGCGGGACGAGGACCUCACGGUACCGCCAGAUUUCGAUCCCGAUGCAGCAGAUGCUCAGUACGUGAGGAACGAUAGUCAGGGCGCAGAGGUACAACAUGAGGUGGAUGAACCGGGCGUUUCAACAAGGAACUCGAGCACUCGAUCGACUAUCCAUGUGGUACCCAAGCCAGCUACGGCACAGAAGACGUCUACCGCUACUUCCAUCAGCAAGACUGGCAACAAGAGGAAGGCCAACACCUUGGAAGCAGGCGAACCGGACGCCAGAACCACAGCACAGAAGACGUCUACCUCUAAUUCUACCAAUAAGGCCGGCAUCAAGAGCAAGGCCAACACCUCGGGAGACGGCGAAUCUGACGCCAAAACCACAGCACAGAGGACGUCUGCCGCUACUUCCACCAACAAGGUCGGCAACAAGAGGAAGGCCAAUGCCUUGGAAGAAGGCGAGCCUGACGUCAACAUCCACAAGUUGCGAGCAGUGAAGAAGGCCAAGGGGCCCAUCCGCACCAGGAGCGCUAGGGGAUUGUGAAGGGGCUAGCGAUUGAGAUCGUUCCACUGUACGCAGGAAAAGAGGCUUAUGGAACGGAUGUGGUUUUGGUUAUGGAGAGAGUUGAUGAUUCUACUGGAUUCUACUGUUUUUACCUUCGGAAGACGUAAAUAUCCCUAGGAGCGAAAGUUUGCGAAAUUCCAGUUUCAUUACAGUCGUAAUUUGAUGAAGUCCAG